UUUUCAUUCAUGAACAAAACUAAACUCCUCUUUUCCACUUUCAUAUCACAGAAGCACUAUUACAGCCAUGAUAAAGAAACUCAAACCCCAAGUUCGACUGAGCUUUGAUUAUUGCACUAAACCAAGUUUUCAACAGCGAAACUUUCCAAACUUAACGACCGAACAAUCCAGCAACGAGUAUAUAAAGUCGUUGUCCGUGCAAAAACGACACAAAGAAGCUCUUGAAGCAUUUGGGUUCAUCGAAAAGACCACAGAUUUUCGAAUAAGCCCCAGCACUUACGCCCAUUUGAUUUCCGCUUGCUCGUCAUUGAGGUCUCUCGAACAUGGCAAGAAACUCCACAACCAUAUCUUGACGUCGAAAUGUGAUCCGGACAUUGUUCUUCGCAAUCAUGUACUGAAUAUGUAUGGGAAAUGUGGGUCCGUGAAGGAUGCCUUGAAGGUGUUCGACGAAAUGCCGCAACGAAAUAUUGUUUCUUGGACUUCGGUGAUAUCUGGGUGCUCGCAAAAUGGGCAGGAUAAGGAUGCUGUGGAGUUGUAUUUUCGGAUGAGGCGAGCGGGGUACGUCCCGGAUCAGUUCACGUUCGGAAGCGUUAUAAAAGCGUGCUCUGGUGUUGGUGAUCCAUGGCUGGGGAGGCAGCUUCAUGCCCAUGUCGUUAAGUCAAAAUGUGGGGAUCACCUUAUUGCACAAAAUGCUCUUAUUGCAAUGUACACGAGAUUCGGUCGAAUAGAUGAUGCCUCCAACGUAUUUUCGCGUAUUGCGACGAGGGAUUUAAUAUCUUGGGGUUCGAUGAUAGCGGGGUCAUCCCAACUUGGUUAUGAGUUAGAAGCUUUGCAUCACUUUAAGGAAAUGUUACGCCAGGGUGCUUACAAGCCUAAUGAGUUUGUGUUUGCGAGCGCUUUCAGCACUUGUAGCAGCCUUCUGCAGCCAGAAUACGGAAGGCAGAUACAUGGGAUGUGUUUAAAAUUCAGUUUAGGGAGAGAUAUUUUUGCUGGUUGCUCUCUCUGUGACAUGUACGCGAAAUGUGGGUUCUUGGAGUGUGCAAAAACAGUUUUUAAUCAUAUAGAAAGUCCGGAUUUGGUGUCUUGGAAUGUCAUUAUUUCAGGUUUCGCUAGUAUUGGAGAUGCCAAUGAAGCCAUUUCAUUCUUUAAUGAGAUGAGAUAUAUGGGGUUUAUUCCUAAUGAUGUAACUGUUAUAUCCUUACUUUCUGCUUGCAGAAUCCCAUCGACGAUCUUUCAGGGAAUACAGAUCCACUCCUACGUUGUGAAGCAUGGCUUCAAUUCUUAUGUUCCCGUGUGCAACACAUUACUUACCACAUAUGCAAAGGGUUCAGCUUUAAGUGACGCUUUUAAAGUGUUUGAGGAUGUGAAGAGCCGCGCUGAUCCAGUGUCUUGGAAUGCCAUUCUAACCGCAAGUGUGCAGCACAACCAGGCUGAAGAUGUUUUCAGAUUAUUUAGGACAAUGCUUUUUUCUCACAUUAGGCCUGAUCAUAUCACUUUGAGUAAUUUAAUUGCAGCCUGUGCCAUUAUAGCAUCUCUGGAGGUAGGAAAUCAAGUUCAUUGCUUUUCAAUGAAAAGUGGGCUUGUGCUGAAUGUUUCAGUCACUAAUGGACUGAUUGACAUGUACACAAAGUGUGGAUCACUUGAAACUGCUAGAAAGCUCUUUAAUUUAAUGGAAAAUCCCGAUAUUGUCUCGUGGAGUAGUUUAAUAGUAGGUUAUGCUCAGUCAGGAUAUGGAAAGGAAGCUCUUGAACUCUUUAGAAUAAUGAAAGAUUUCGGUACAAGGCCAAAUGAAAUUACAUUUGUUGGAGUCCUUACUGCUUGCGGUCAUGUUGGAUUAGUACAAGAAGGAUGGAAAAUCUAUAGAACAAUGCAAAUGGAACAUGGAAUUUCACCGACCAGAGAACACUGCGCUUGUAUGGUGGACUUGCUCGCUCGUGCUGGACUCUUAUACGAAGCGGAGGAUUUCAUCAAGCAAAUGCCGUUUGAGCCUGACAUUGUGGUAUGGAAGACUCUCUUAGCAGCCUGUAAAACCCACAGGAAUGUCGACAUAGGAAAACGGGCAGCAGAGAAUCUUGUAAAAAUCGAUCCCUCCAAUUCUGCUGCUCAUGUUUUGCUUUGUAGCAUACAUGCUUCUUCUGGAAAUUGGGAAGAUGUUGCUAGAUUGAGGAGCUUGAUGAAAGAAAGGGGGGUUAGGAAGGUUCCGGGUCAGAGCUGGAUUGAAACUAAGGGUAGGGCCCAUAUAUUUUUCGCUGAAGAUACUUUGCAUCCCGAGCGGGAAAGAGUAUACGAAGUGCUUAAUGAAUUAUGGUUGCAGAUGUUGGAUGAAGAUUGUGAUCUACUCGAGAUAGGCUUUUGAAAAACAAAUGAAGUUUUUCUAACUAGCUGACUCCCUUUGCAGUUCAGGACUGCAUAUUGGCUACCAAUACCAUAACCACUUGGGUUUGCUUCUUCAGUUUGAGGUUAUUGUGGUUUUUAAAAGCUCUAGAAAGAGAAACAAGUUAAAAGGGCAAAAUGCUUUUGUUCA